CUCGUAUUGUGCGGAAUUUUAUUUUUCUUCAGUAGCAUCAGCUUGCGUAUCGGGCCGAAUGUUAUUUUUCUUGAAAUUCUACUGAACUCGCAAAAUGAGUUUAGAACCAAAGUGUGUGUUUUGCAACAGUGAUAGUGAAAAUAAAAUCACGUUUUUCAAUCAUGACGUUUUGGAAAAAUGCAGACAUAUUUUGAAAAUUCGUGUGACUUGUAAGCUAAAGUAUAAUGAAGUUCAUUUACCGGGAUCACCGAAUAAAAUCGACGGGUACCAUACGAAUUGUUACAGUAAUUUCACUGCUGUUAAAAGGAAUUAUGUUGACAAAUAUAAUGCAUUGAAUUUACCAGAGCCUGAUCUCCCUAAUGACGAAUCAUCUUCUGCAAGUCAAGCUACACUGUAUUGUCAACCAAGCACGAGUUCGUCAGCUAAUAGUGAAUCGACUGCUUCGUCAUCUGAGAGUCAAAGUACACUGCCUUGUCAUUCCAGCACAAGUAACGAAAAUGUUCAAAACUUGGAAGAAGGAGUAGAUAGCGACAAUGUAGUUUGUUUUUUUUUGUGAUAAAUCGCGUAAAAUUCACAACUACAAAGUAGUUCCAAUUGUCAAAUGUGAUUGUAAAUUGCCAAUAUUAAUCGAAAAAAUCGUUACACAUGCCAUUGCUCUAAACGAUAAACAGAUAUUAACUAAAAUUGAAAAUGCCCGGUCGAAAAAUGUCAUUUCUUAUCACAAUAUGUGUAAAUUAAAUUAUUUUAAGCAAAUUGUAUCUAAACCUAUUCAAAAAUCAGAGUGGCAUGCUAUACGAGAUAUUCAUGUCAUAAUCGACAAUGAAAUUUAUGAUUUAAUAUCAAAUAAUACGAUAGCAAACAAGGAGUGCUAUUCAUUGAAAUAUCUUGUUGAGUAUGCCAAAAAUGCUUUGUAUAAGUUAGGUGUAGAUAAUUACGAAUCUUACGAAUCAAGCUUAACGAGCACUUAUUUGUUAGAGAAAUUAAAAAAAAAAUUGGCGAUGAGUUGCAAGUGAUAACGUUUUACAAUCACAAAAUUAUUGCAGCAAGAGACGGCUCUGUGAUUACAAGUUCAACUUUCAGCGACUGUGAGGAGCUGGAAGUAUUAGAGCGUGCGGCAUUUAUAUUAAAAAAAAAAACUGUUGUCGAUUAAAGCUCAGCCUUUGUCAGGAAAUAUAACAGCACAAGAUUUAAUGAAGGGGGAAUGCGAAAUCCCCGCUGAUCUUUCGCAGUUUUUACGGUCCGUGAUUUGCGGGAAUGAUCCAAGAACUUCAAAAAGUUGCAACUGUGCCCGCAAAGUUAAGUCUAUCGCGCAAGAUAUUAUUUAUGCAGUAAGCCACGGAAAAAUUAAAACUUCUAAGCACAUAACGCUUGGAAUGACAUUAAAAAGCAUAACAAGCAGUAGGAAAGUCAUAGAUAUAAUUAAUAAAUACGGACACUCCUGUAGUUAUAACAUUAUCGAGGAAUUAGAAACGGAAGCUACGUUUGCUUCUUGUAUUAAAUCGAGCAUUUGUCCCGAAGAUAUUCACUUAGCGCCUAAUUAUUGUACAGGACAAUUACGAUAGAUUCGUUGAAACUUGUAACGGCUCUGAUACCUUGCAUGAUACUGUAGGUAUCAUUUACCAAAAUAUUGAUGCAAAUAUUAGUAAUGUGCAAACGUGCGAAAUAGAACGUGCUGUAAAUGAGCCUCUCGCUAAAAGGAGACGGACGUUUGACGCUAUAUGUCCGGAUAUUCAAACUUACGCAAAAAAAAAACAAAAAUGACUGACAAAUUGCUGCCCAUUGAUAGCGAACUGCGUACAAUUAAUAACAGUAAUUACAAGUUUUACGAAAAGCUAGAUGUAAUGUGGGUUUUAUCUCAUCAUUUAAAAAUUGCAAACACGCCAAUGUGGGUUGGGUUUAAUAGUAAGAUCGUUGUAGAUGAAUCAAUGAAACAAAAAGUAUCAUACCUUACACCAAUCAAUGCCUCGCCGACAAAUAUUUCCGUUGUAUAUGAAACGAUGCGUCAAAGUCAACGUAUUGCCGAAGAGUUGCAACAACAAUAUAUUGAAGUCACUUACGAUUUAGCGAUAGCUAAAGUUGCUUAUCAAAUUCAAUCAGCUGAGCAUCCGCAAUUAAGUAAUUUAUUUAUUCAUCUUGGCGCAUUUCAUAUAAUGAUGGCGUAUUUUAAGGCUGUUGGAAAAUUUAUAAAUGAGUGCGGGCUCACUUAUAUUAUGGUAGAAAGCGGAUUAUUAGCUUCCGGUUCGGUUAAUGGCUUCAUCAGUGGAAAACAUUUUAACCGAUGUAAACGUUUACAUCCCUUAGUGUCGCUAGGUUUGCAGGUUUUAUUAUUUGAAGAUUUUGUAACGAAGCAAAAUAUCAGUAUAGAAGUAAGUGUAACCUCUAAAAUUACAAAUGCAACUCUCGAAAAAUUGUUAGAAGAUUUUUUAGAUUAUAAAAAAAAAGCAUUAAAUGGAGACUUCGGAAAAACGCCGCAGUACUAUGUUAAUUACAUUAAUUUUGUAGAUUAUUACUUAAUGUUUACGCGCAGCAUCCGCAUUGGUGAUUUUGCACUGUUCAAAGAAGUCAUUCCAAAAAUGGCUAAUUUGUUUUUUAUGUUCAAUCAAGGCAACUAUUCUCGGUGGUUAUUAAAAUACCACGACAAUUUAUUAAAAGUUGAGGAAACACAUCCAGAUUUAGGAAUUCAAUUUAAGAAUGGGUAUUUCGGUGUCAAAAGAACGAAUAAAAAGUUUUCUAGAAGUCCUGUAGAUUUGACACUUGAGCAAACAGUUAACGCGGAUGCUGCAAGACGAUUAACCGGUGUAACGCAUUUUACGAAUUCGAUUAAUGCUCGUCAAAGAUGGUCAAAAAGCCACAGCAUUCGAUCAACACUAAUAUCGUAUACCUACGAAGAAAUUGGUUUAAAAAAAGCGCAAGAUAUAACCGGCGAUGUGGAAAAACACCAGAUUAAGAAAGAUUCUGUUCAGUUACAAAACUUCAUUAAGUUAUUAAAACAAAAUUUUAAUACAUUUAAUUCUGAAAGUAUAGAAAGUAAUUUUUUGUAUAACAUUGCUACUGGACGAGCAGCUUCUGAAGAAGUUACCAACUUCUUAUUGAAAGCGGAACAAAAUGGCAAUGCAUUGAGAGAGAAAUUUAUUUCUGAAUGCGUAGAAUCGGGAGAUAGAUUUGAAGCUACAAUAAAACAAAACAAAAUACUCAAUUUUGCAAAUUCAACAGCAAAGAAAAAAAUACAAAUAAAUAAUAAAGUUCAAUAGGUGAGAUUGCAACGC